AUGGAGCUCGGUGGAUCAGUUGCACACUCACUCACCCACUCCAUGAGAGGGAUUUGUACACGCAUGAGUGUGUCUGUCUCAGUGAGGGCAGAUCGCAACCGCUCUCGAGUGGGCAAGCAGAGCCUCCGGCACUGGGGUGGCAAUCCCGAGUACACAAUGGCCCCCCGGCUUGCUCACAGCCAGCUAGCAAUCUGCUUGCAAACAAUCCCACCUCCUCCCCUGGGCCUGCUAUAUUUGUCCGCCUUCAGUCCCCUUGUUCUACUCGUCAAGCUGACUGAUCGCUUUAUUUCAGGUGGAGGAGGAAAGAGAAGUCGUGAACAGUCUGCGACACUCUCAGUGGUGGACUUCGAGAGCUCAGUUGCUAGUAGCACCAUGACGGCAGCUCCAGCGAUGACUGUCGCACUUCUUCUUGUGGCUCUGCUGAGUUGCGCGUUGCCCUCGGAGGCAGGCAGAGCUUUGCUGACCCUCGGUUCUCAGAAGAACUUGAAGAGUUUAUUGCCUGGGUGCUCACCGCCGCCAGCUCCAGUGGACACUCCCUCAUAUUCUCCUCCGACUUACACUCCGGAGUCUCCUCCCUACACUCCUUCGUAUUCUCCGAGCCCUGUUUACGAGUCACCUCCUGUGGAUCAAUCUCCAUCUUACUCUCCCGGCUCUCCCUCGUACUCUCCUCCAUCGACGGGCUAUCAGACACCACCCACAUACUCUCCACCGCUGUAUUUAUCUCCUCCCACGUACUCACCAUCGCCGGUGUAUUCAUCUCCGCCUCCUUACUCGCCGUCUCCAGUAUACUCUUCCCCCUCUCCAGUUUAUAAGUCGCCCCCCGUUUACCAAUCCCCUCCUGCUGGUGGCUACUAGGAAGCAAAUCGAUGGAGCUGCCUCCAGUUCGCAUGCGAGAAUACUAGUACGCGAUCCUUGCAGUGGACUUUGAAGACAAGUUCAGUGUUGAAUUCUUCAGAAUGGUUGCAAUUGAAACCGUUGUGUGAGGUGAUAAUUCUGAUUGUUUAGUUGGUCGUUUAGUUAACGCAAGUCGGUUAUUCAUUUUGUAAUGCAAUUCGCACGUUGUGCCUGCCUCAGUGAGCGACAUUCGAGACCUUGAAGCUGUCGCACUUCGAGUGUGAUCAGCUGUGCGGUUGUUCUUCUUUUGAAGAAGCUAGGCAUCACAACAUUGUGUUGGAGACUGUUGUGGGCCCAACGACAGGCUAGUAUCAUUGUCAAUAAAACACUGUGUACAAGCUUGAUUAAUUGAAUUUAAUCUGGAAACUUUUUGUCAAAGCU